AGCCCGAGGCUUGGUUUGAAGAAAGAGCAGAAAGAAAAUGAAGGUAGGUUCGAAGGUAGUGUUUCUGUUGAGAGACUCAGAUGGCUUCGGCGACGCCAUCUCAGGUGCUUUCCACCCUAAGCCAAGCAAUACCACCAUAGAGGAAAGUUUCGAGCUUUCAUUGGAGCACUAUGGGAUCAAAAAUUGCAAAGCGUCUGGAAGCAUUCGUCACUUCCUCGAUCACCAGGGUCAAUAUGAGGUGUCUGUGUUGCUUAUGCAAUAUCAUGAACCACCAAUACUUGCAUGCGCAGUUAAUGAAGUUCUAGCUCAAAUAGCAGGGAAAAAAUCAUCCUCAAUUCCCACAAUUGUUGCCCCAUUUGUCGUAGCAUCAUCUAAGCUUAAGUUGGAAAGUAAAUCUGCAACAAAAUUUGAAGGCAAAGUUUCGCUUUAUGGUACAGAGAUAGGGUCAGAAACAGCCAUAAGCAAGGCCAUGGCAACCAGAACCCAGAAGCCACCACCAACGAUGCAGAUUCAUCAUGAACCUUUAGCUUGCUUUCUUCAGUUGGCCCGUGUUUUGAAGUUGCCCACUUAUGUUCUUAUAGGGGAAAGAGGUCUGCGCAUUUCUGAUAAAGAAGAGCUUGAGAUACUUUAUGAGAUAGGAGAACUCUUGGCAAGCACUUUGAACCUCUACUUUUCAAGAGAUAAAAUCACAUGGAAUCCAACACGGAAAACAAAGGACAAUAAGGAGCCAUGGCGCGCGUUAUAUGGUUAAAUCUCAGGUGUUUGUGACAUUAGAGGCUGGGACAAGAUUUAUUGUUUGGUGCCUCAGGUUGAAAACACUUUGGGCUCUUACUGUGAUUGAUGGGUCUAUGUUCAACAUCAUAGAGCUUAAACAUAAAACUACUUUAUCUGGAUUCUCAUUUUGUGAACUGGCCUUCGAGAUAAUGAAUUAGCUAAAACCUCCAUUUGGCUUUUCCUCAA